UCGCAGGCUGCACUUUAAAUCCGCCGGCGGUAGUCGAAGUUGUCGCACCGUCCCGAAGGUCGUGGUCAUGGGGUCGAGCACCGCCUCCGAGACUACCAUCAACACCAGCACCGAUAGCGCCAACACGAUGCUAACUAUGGUGACGACAACGGAUGGAGAACAACCGGACGACAGUUUCGAUCUGAUGGACAUCCCGUCGGAGAUGUCUCCUCCCGCUCCGUCGUCGACGGUCCCAACGACCGACUCCGAACCGAUUCCUCCGCCACCACCGUUGCCACCCUCACCGCCGGCACAACCUAACCAGUCUUCGUUCUCGCAACCGGUCGAGUAUUCGACCGACGACGAGAAAAGACUCGGCGAGACGGUUGGAUCGACGUCGAACGGUGCCAUUUUCAAAUCGAUAUCGGACACCGAUAACGGCCGGCUCGAUACUCGUGCCUCGAGCGUCGCCAAUCUCCUCGACGAGACCGUCACCCUUCCGGUCGUCGACGCGAUACCCAACAGCGAGACGAGGUCGGUCUCCGGGAGAACUCCGCCGCUUCCGGACCUACGAGCGACCGAUUUCUUUAGCACACCCGUAAGAGGUUCGGUGGACGCCGGCCAACCGAAUUCGAGCGAUUCGAAUCCGAUGCUGAGGUUGGUCGUCGGCAGGAACAGGGAGGAUAACAAUCGAUCGAGCGAUCGAACGAGCAAUGCCGUGUCGGGAGAGGCGAAACAAGGAAAGCCGAGCGUGAACGUGACGACGAAUCCCCUGGACGUGUCGCUGAUGGGAACGACGACGACGCGGACGAGCAACGAUCGAUCGUCCGACGGUCCAGGUAGGACCGGUAACGGCAAAUCUCGAGGAAAGUCGAGCGAAUCGCAUCCCCUCGUUUCAACCAUUCAUUCAUGGGUCAGGCUCUUUUUCCCGUUUUGCGCAAUAGGAGGCAACGCGAGCGGAAAUAAGAGAUCGACGCAAGCGGCAACGAUCGUGGUUCAACAACCGUCGCUGUCGUUGGACGGUUCGGCCGGCGCCGCCACGAUACUGUUACAUCCGGAGCUGGACGUCAGGCGUCGAGAAGAAAACAUGAGGCAACUGUUGGACGUGGCGAACACGCUGACGCUACAGGAAAUACACGACUUCGAGAUGAGAUACGGUAGUCCUCAUCACAGUCGGUCCCAAUCGGUGAAGACUCCCGGUAGCCGUUCGUCGGGCAGGGCGAAUUAUCUGUGUCUUCCGCAGCAGAGGUCGAGGGUGGCGAGCAUGCCGAACACCGGCGUCGAGGAGGAGUACUACAGGCUCCGACAUUUCAGCAUAACCGGUAAAGGGGUGGUGAAUCGAGGGGACUCGUUGAAAAGUCGGAGAUCUCGAUCCAACAAUAGCGUCGCUUCGAGCAAUUCGAGCACGGAACAUUUGACCGCUUCGUAUCCUGGCUCGGCGAGGAAUUCCGCGGCGGGCUCGUUGGCCAGCUCUCGCGAGAGCAGCGCUUCUCAGGGACCAACGCCGUACCGCGUGCUCAUGCUGGGAGCUCCGGCCGUAGGGAAAAGCUCGCUCGUUUCCCAAUUCAUGACCUCCGAGUAUCUUCACGCUUACGACACUUCGAUCGACGACGAGUCGGGAGAGAAAACGGUCAGCGUGUUGUUGGCCGGAGAAGAAUCCGAGCUGACCUUUAUCGAUCACUCUUGCGCCGAGAUGACGCCAGAGAGUUGCAUAGCCGCGUACGAACCGCACGCGUACUGUGUCGUCUAUUCGACGACCGAUCGAGCCUCGGUACGAGUCGCCGAGGAGGUUCUGCAGACUCUUUGGCGGAGCGAUUACGUAUCGGCCAGAGGGGUGAUCCUCGUUGGGAACAAAGUCGACCUCGUUCGCAGUCGAUUGGUUUCGACCGAAGAAGGAAAAUCUAUGGCUACGUCGUACGAUUGCAAGUUCAUCGAGACGUCCGUUGGAAUCAAUCACAACGUCGAUGAACUUCUCGUCGGCUUGCUGACGCAGAUUCGCUUGAAGCUCGAGAACCCCGAACGAACGAGGGACCUAUUUCGGAAAAGAUCGCGAAAGAAUCGUAGCAAAUCGCCUUUAGGAUCUUGCUCCGAAAAUAAUUCGCCGAAAAAGUAUCGAGGUAGUCGUACGAGUACCAGUUUGAAGCUGUGUUUCAAAAAAGGAGAUGUGAUUACUAUAACCCAAACCGACGAUGAAGGUUGGUGGGAGGGUACAUUGUACGACAAAACAGGCUGGUUUCCGUCCAAUUACGUCAAAGAAUGCAGAGUUCCAGACUGUGGCGUUUCGACCGUUAAGGCUUCCCCGGAAAAGAUACCACAAGAGUCCCCUACUCACCAGAAACUUAAUCGCGAUAUCGUUCUAAAAGAUGUGGUAGAUUCUGAGAGAGUAAAUGUAGCCGAGUUGCAGGGUCUGAUAAAUAGCUUUUUACAUCCUUUGGAAUCUGCAAACAUAUUGAACAAAGACGAGUAUAAGCAAUUAUUAGGUAAUAUACACGAAAUCAUGGAAGUUCAUCAACGAUUGUUAAAUAGUUUAGAAACAACAAUAGCCCAAGGUAGUGCUUCGAGGGUUGGAAAUCUUUUUCUAACCCUAGCUCCAAAGUUAAAAUCUAUACAUGUGGCAUACUGUGGAAACCAUCCACGGGCUGUCUGCAUUCUAGACCGAUAUAGGGACGAAUUGAACGAUUUUAUGGAACGUAGCGGAGCGAUUUCGCCCGGUAUAUUAGUAUUGACGACCGGUUUAAGCAAACCUUUUCGGAGAUUGGACAAGUAUUCUGCUAUGCUUCAAGAAUUAGAGAGGUAUACGGAAAAGAAUCACCCCGAUAGAGGCGAUACGCAACGCAGCAUAGCCGUGUAUAGAGAAAUAGCGGAUCGAUGCGCGUCCAUACGAAAACAACGAGAGUUAGCGUUGCAAGUGUUAACUAGUGGCAUCAAAGGAUGGGAAGGAGAAGAGUUAAAUUCGCUCGGAGAAAUUGUCUAUGUUGGAUCCGUCGUUUUAGCAAAUGGAACAAACGGGCUAGAUCGCCGAGACAGAUAUUUCGUUCUUUUCCCUACGACACUUUUGGUGCUCAGUGCCAGCCCCAGGAUGAGUUCUUUCGUCUACGAAGGGAAGCUUCCGUUAACGGGUAUCAGUAUUACUCGGAAAGAGGAUACGGACGAAAUAAGGAACGCUUUCGAAAUUACAGGACCAAUGAUCGAGAGCAUACUCGUGCUGUGCGCCACUAAGGAAGAACGACAACGUUGGAUCGAACUUUUGAUUCAAGAACAAACAGCGAACAACAGUCUCGUGAAAUCGCCUACGACUUCACGCAUCUCCAGUCAACAGAACGGGAAACAACAACAGCAGUCGCAACCACCGCAACAACAACAGCAACAACAGCAACGGCCGACCGCGGAGCAUUGCACUCCCGUAGGAAUUAGAAUGCCGUGGAGCAUUGCCUCGUUACGACCAGCACCUCCUCUGUAUACUGUCAGAGCAUUUGGUAAAACUGAUACCAGUUUGGAUUUAUCACGCGCACCACGACCGCGUAACGAAAAACAAUUCGAAGAGGAUGCCAUUAUAUUGAAGGUGAUCGAGGCGUAUUGUCUCUCUGUCAAUGCUAGAUUUACCGUGCACUCUGGAGAGUCGACUCCAACGUUGGAAUACGAUUCUCAUAAAUCGCGUGACAGGACGUCUUUGAUGCAUAACAGAGGGAAUUUGGAUUUAUGUAGCAACAGGGCACUGUCGGAAACCGUGAAAACGUUGAAAAAUCAAAUGACAGAUUUACAGUCGCAGAUGUCGCUUUUGACGAAACAACUCGACGAAGAACGAAGAUCGCGACUGUCUCUAGCGGCUACGGUGAAGCGUAGCAUGGGUGUCGUUGAUGGAUCCGUGCCUUGAAUCGCUCGAGUUUGUAUUUCGCGUUAAAACUUAUCUUCUUUUUCUGUAAAUUGUUCUUCGUACCGUCCCAAUAACGAUCAUCGAAAGACGAAUAAAUAAACUUUCGAAAAAAACUUG